AUGCACAUCGGCUUCAUUGGCCUCGGCAUUAUGGGCGUUCCCAUGGCGCUCAACCUGUCCAGAAAAUACCCCCUCACGGUGUGGAAUCGCAGCCCGUCAAAAUACAGCCUCUUAGAGCAAGCAGGUGCCAGUAUCGCAGAAACGCCAGCCCAGGUGAUGAAAAGAUCUGAUAUAAUCUUUGUUAUGCUAUUUGACAGUACCGCUAUCAAAUGCAUUCUUGACGACGAGUUUAAACGAAGCCUCCGCGGCAAGAUUCUCGUGAACGCCAGCUCCGUGGAAGUCGAAUUCAGCUACUUUCUCGCAGACGAGGUACGCCGCGCAGGAGGGGACUUUAUCGAAAUGCCCGUAAGCGGAAGCACGAUACCUGCUGAACAAGGCCGUCUGGUCGGAUUGAUGGCUGGAGAUGAAGCUGUUGCCGAACGAAUCCGCCUCGUCGUGCAGCCAAUUACCUGCGCGGCUGUCUACUGCGGACCAGUUGGGUUUGGCCUGAAGACAAAGUAUGCAGUGAAUUCGUACCUGGUUACGAUGAAUGCCGGACUCGCGGAGUCAAUGAAUUUUGCAAAGGCACAGGGGCUGGAUUUGAGUGCUUUUGGUCAGGCUUUGGCAGCUUGUCCAUUGGCUUCACCGUACUCAAAAGUGAAAGUGAAAAAGAUGUUGGCGGGAGACUGGUCGGCCCAGGCUCCUAUCAGCGGCAUCUAUACUAGUAUCCAGCUGAUUGAGGCUGCUGUGGCAGGGGCAAAUACGCAUUCUCCGGUUCUGCAUAUUUGCAGUAAGCUAUACCAAGAGGCUAAUCGAUCUGGACUCGGCGAGGAGGAUAUGAUUGCAGUGGCUAAGGUCAUCGAGAAUUUGUGAUUUUUCAUGUCUCACUCAAAGACUUGUGGAAUAUCUUUG